AUGAUUGUUCCGAUUGAAUUAUUGAAUUCUGUAUUUAUAUAUUAUGUGGAUAAGAACAAACAUCCACACAAGGAGAAACAAGAUGAUGACGACACUUCUUCGUCGAGUCCAUCACUAGAAACAAGCUCCGAUGAUCAACCAAGACUUUCAAUCACACCUCCAUUUAAUUUAAAUGAUGCUAUGAAUACUUCUUUUCAUUACUUCCAUAAUUCAAAAUUCAAAAUUGGAUCUUCUGUCAUGGCUCAUACUUUUAAUGCAUUUCCGCUCGGAGUUUCGAUAUCAAAGAUUGAAGAGUCAAGAUUUGGAAAUUCAUUAUUUGUGGUUUUAUUUGAAAACGGGACAUGUUUUAUGGUGGAGAAAAGCAACAUUCACAAAAUUGCUGUCGGAGAGAAAAUAAUUGAUAUUUCUACCACUGAGAAUCACUUUAUUUGCUGUUCGAAAAAGAAGGUAUUUCACAUCAAAACAUUCGAGACCUAUAAUGAAAUUAAAGGAUUAACUUUGGGCGAUGGAGAAGUCAUCAAAAAGCUUGAAACAGGAAGAAAAUUUUUCAUAAUUUUAACAAACUUGGGACGAAUAUUUGGUUUUGGUCACAACAAGCAAAAGAAUUUUGGAAAUAUGGAUGAACAAUUGAAAGCAUUAACUCCUAUCAAUUUUACAGAUGACAAGCUUCAAGUGAGUGACAUUCGUGCUGAUUAUGAUCAUGUAGUUCUAUUGACCAGUGACAAGAGAUUGUGGAUGUCUGGCAUUAGCACUGAGAAUCCAAAAUGGAAAUAUAAUUUUGAAGUGUUCACUGAGGUGGACAACAAUGUAGAUUGGAUUUUUUUCAGAGGAAAUACUCUUGUCUAUCACAGAAUGAAUCGCUAUUUUUCAAUAGGUCAAGAAUUAUUCAACCCUAAUUUUAUCUAUUACCCAACAGCUCUCUUUUUCAAGUUUAAGAUUGACAACUUUUUCGGAUACAAGAAUCAAUUCCUUUUCCAAGAUCAACGAACCUUAGAUUGCUAUUACUUUUCUACAACCUUUGGAUUAAUCAAACUCGACGACAUCAAUCGAAUUUUGAAAGAGAUACCGUUUGUGAAACCACGAUUCUAUUGUUCCGAUCCCUCCACAGCAAUCAUCUAUUUCAACAUUGGAAAUAACAUUAGUUAUUUGACUCUGGGUCUGUAUUCGAUAUUGAAAGAGAGGAAUGGUUCUUUUCUAUCAGACAUUGCUAUUAAAUUUUGA